AUGACCGUUCAACUCAUCAUGGAAUACUUCAGUAACCACACUUUAUCAAACAAGUACCAAGAGAAUGAUGCAGUUGAAGAGGCUGCUUCUGUUGAAACCAUUGCUGACUUUGCUGUUUCGAAGUUUAAGAAUGUUAUUUCACUUCUGAGUCGAAACCGAACAAGAUCCGGUCACGCUCGUUUCAGAAGAGCACCUUUACCUUCUGAAACUAUAGUCUACCGUGCAACUCCGUUGCAGCAGAUUCCUCCGCUUGUCCCCACAAAUGAAGUGGUUGAGAAGAACAAGAUUAUUGAUUCUCUUAUGCAUCUGCUAAUUCGUUCAUGUCUUCUCUCACCGGUGAUGCUGUACAUGUUCUUCUUCAUGGGAAAGCCUUGUGUUUCUUCGUGUUCGUUGAAGAGAAAGUGUGAUUCUGAGAAUUUCGGUUCUGGCAAGUGUGGUAGUUCUCUAGAAACUGUCAUUGUUCAAAAAAGAGAAAAAUGA